GUCGCGGGCAGCCGCCUUACAGCGAUGGCGGCCGAGCAGGGCCGGCCGUGGUGGCGGCUACGGUCGGAGACUGCAGUUGCGGCUGUAGCGGUGGGCGGCGGGAGCCUGUGACCGGGAACCAUCUCCGGAUCCGGGCACCAUGAGCCAAGGCCCCGCCGCAGGGGAGAGCAGCGAACCCGAAGCAAAAGUCCUUCACACUAAGCGGCUUUACCGGGCUGUCGUGGAGGCUGUGCAUCGACUGGACCUCAUCCUUUGCAACAAAACCGCUUAUCAAGAAGUGUUCAAACCAGAGAACGUGAGCCUGAGGAACAAGCUGCGUGAGCUCUGCGUCAAGCUUAUGUUCCUGCACCCAGUGGACUAUGGGAGGAAGGCUGAGGAGCUGCUAUGGAGAAAGGUAUACUACGAAGUUAUCCAGCUUAUCAAGACUAACAAAAAGCAUAUCCACAGCCGGAGCACCUUGGAAUGUGCCUACAGGACACACCUGGUGGCUGGUAUUGGCUUCUACCAGCAUCUUCUUCUCUAUAUCCAGUCCCACUACCAGCUUGAACUGCAAUGCUGCAUCGACUGGACCCAUGUCACCGACCCCCUCAUAGGAUGCAAGAAGCCAGUGUCUGCUUCAGGGAAGGAGAUGGAUUGGGCACAGAUGGCAUGCCACCGAUGUCUAGUGUACCUGGGCGAUUUGUCACGAUAUCAGAAUGAAUUAGCUGGCGUAGACACCGAGCUGCUAGCUGAGAGAUUUUACUACCAAGCCCUGUCAGUAGCUCCCCAGAUAGGAAUGCCCUUCAACCAGCUGGGCACCCUUGCGGGCAGCAAGUACUAUAAUGUGGAAGCCAUGUACUGCUACCUGCGCUGCAUCCAAUCAGAAGUGUCCUUUGAGGGGGCCUAUGGGAACCUCAAGAGGCUGUUUGACAAGGCAGCCAAAAUGUACCACCAGCUGAAGAAGUGUGAGACUCGGAAACUCUCUCCCAGCAAGAAGCGAUGUAAAGACAUUAAGAGGUUGCUGGUGAACUUCAUGUAUCUGCAAAGCCUCCUGCAGCCCAAAAGCAGCUCCGUGGACUCAGAGCUGACGUCGCUUUGCCAGUCAGUCCUGGAGGACUUCAACCUCUGUCUCUUCUACCUGCCCUCCUCACCCAACCUCAGCCUGGCCAGUGAGGAUGAGGAGGAGUAUGAGAGCGGAUACGCUUUCCUCCCGGACCUUCUAAUCUUUCAAAUGGUCGUCAUCUGCCUUAUGGGUGUGCACAGCUUGAAGAGAGCAGGAUCCAAGCAGUACAGUGCAGCCAUUGCCUUUACCCUGGCCCUCUUCUCUCACCUCGUCAAUCAUGUCAACAUACGGCUGCAGGCUGAGCUGGAAGAGGGGGAAAAUCCCGUCCCGGCAUUCCAGAGUGAUGGCACAGAUGAACCAGAGUCCAAGGAGCCCUUGGAGAAGGAGGAAGAGCCUCCUCCCACAGCACCUCAAGUGGGCGAGGUCAGAAAGAAUCGGAAGUUCUCCCGCCUCUCUUGCCUCCGCCGUCGCCGCCGCCACCGCCACCUGCCCAAAGCUGGUGAUGAUAGUGACCUGAGUGAGGGCUUUGAAUCUGACUCAAGCCAUGACUCGGCCCGGGCCAGUGAGGGCUCGGACAGUGGCUCCGACAAGAGUCUUGAAGGUGGGGGAACAGCCUUUGAUGCUGAAACAGACUCGGAAAUGAACAGCCAAGAGUCCCGAUCAGACCUGGAAGACAUGGAGGAUGAGGAAGGGACACGGUCCCCAGCCCUGGAACCCCCUCGGGCCAGGUCAGAGGCUCCUGAGUCCCUCAAUGGCCCUCUGGGCCCCAGUGAGGCUAGCAUUGCCAGCAAUCUACAAGCCAUGUCCACCCAGAUGUUCCAGACCAAGCGCUGCUUCCGACUGGCCCCCACCUUCAGCAACCUGCUCCUCCAGCCCACCGCUGACCCUCACACCUUGGCCAGCCACGGGCCCUGUGUCAAUGGGGAUGUGGAUAAGCCCUCAGAGCCAGCCUCUGAGGAGGGCUCUGAGUCAGAGGCGAGCGAGUCCAGUGGGCACUCCUGUCGGAAUGAGCGCAGCAUCCAGGAGAAGCUGCAGGUCCUGAUGGCGGAAGGCCUGCUUCCUGCUGUGAAAGUCUUCCUGGACUGGCUGCGGACCAACCCCGACCUCAUCAUUGUGUGUGCACAGAGCUCUCAGAGUCUGUGGAACCGCCUCUCCGUGUUGUUGAAUCUGUUGCCAGCUGCUGGCGAACUCCAAGAGUCUGGCCUAGCCCUGUGUCCCGAGGUCCAUGGGCUUCUUGAAGGUUGUGAACUGCCUGACCUCCCCUCUAGCCUGCUGCUUCCAGAGGACAUGGCACUUCGCAACCUGCCUCCCCUCCGGGCUGCCCACAGACGCUUUAACUUUGACACGGAUCGGCCCCUGCUCAGCAGCUUAGAGGAGUCGGUCGUGCGGAUCUGCUGCAUCCGCAGCUUUGGCCACUUCGUCGCCCGCCUCCAAGGCAGCAUCCUGCAGUUCAGCUCGGAGGUCGGCAUCUUCGUCAGCACUGCGCAGUCUGAGCAGGAGAGCCUACUGCAGCAGGCCCAGGCCCAGUUCCGCAUGGCGCAGGAAGAAGCUCGGCGGAACAGGCUUAUGAGAGACAUGGCCCAGCUACGACUUCAGCUCGAGGUCUCUCAGCUGGAAGGGAGCCUCCAGCAGCCCAAGGCCCAGUCAGCAAUGUCACCCUACCUCGUCCCUGACACCCAGGCCCUCUGCCACCACCUCCCCAUCAUCCGCCAGCUGGCCACCAGUGGCCGCUUCAUUGUCAUCAUCCCACGGACAGUGAUUGAUGGCCUGGAUUUGCUGAAGAAGGAACACCCAGGGGCCCGGGAUGGGAUCCGAUACCUAGAGGCAGAGUUUAAAAAAGGCAACAGGUACAUUCGCUGCCAGAAAGAGGUGGGGAAGAGCUUUGAGCGACAUAAGCUAAAGAGACAGGAUGCAGAUGCCUGGACUCUCUAUAAGAUCCUGGACAGCUGCAAACAACUGACUCUAGCCCAGGGGGCAGGUGAGGAGGACCCAGGUGGCAUGGUGACCAUCAUCACAGGCCUUCCACUGGACAACCCCAGCGUGCUCUCGGGCCCUAUGCAGGCAGCCCUGCAGGCCGCUGCACAUGCCAGUGUGGACAUCAAGAAUGUUCUGGACUUCUACAAGCAGUGGAAGGAGAUUGGUUGAGCCUGAUUCCCAAGCCCUGCAGUGGGGCUGACUCCAGAUCUCUCCUGCCCUCUCUGGCUGCUGGGACCACCACCUGUAGUCACCCCACCACAGACUCCCGCACGCACUCCGGAAGGAAGCCCAGCUGCACACAGGCUGAGGGAGGGCCCAGGAGCCAGCUGGGAGGGUGGGCGCCCCCUGUUGCCAAGACGACGUCAGGAAGUGAGGAAAGAAUUUGGAGCAGGAGAGGCCUGUGGGCCCCUAGUCAGCCUUCCUGCCUCAACCCUCCUGCUGUCCCCAGAGGCGGGGCAGGCGUGGGUGUCUGAAUUUCACCGGAGUGAUUCCUGGACCUCAGGGGAAGGGAUGGCAGAAGAGGCCCUUCCUCACCUGAGAUGGGGUGGCUGGGCUAGGAGUUUGGACCCUCCAGUCCUGGGGAAGAGGAGGUAGCACCAGGUAUUUGGGUGGUUUUCUGCAGACCCUUCCCCUCCUCAAAGACCACCCAUUCUCAGUUCCCCUGGUGGGGCCUGGGCAGCUCUGGAGCUUUGGGGACUCUUCAAGAAGAGGGGCCUGGAGCUGGCUGCACUGGCAGGGGCCGGGCUGCAUCCCUCCCGUGCUGCUGGGGCUGCACACCCAGUUCCCCACUUCUGCUCUCCCUCUGCCAGCUUCCAGGGCAGGGAGCAGGCCUCACCAGCAGCUGCGGGCGGUCUGGCCUGUGUGCCAGUGAGGGUUCUUGUGCCCACCGGGCCCACAGUCACCGUGCUUUGUGCUCUUGGUUGCUGUGCUGCAGCAGUGGGAUGCCAGUAAAAAGGGGGGUGCAGUCUGAGGCCACCACCCCCUUGACUAGAGAAAGGAGAGGCCUCCUGAGGCUGCCGUCAGGGGCCCUGAUCCUGAUGGGCUUCCUGCUUCGGCCCCCCCCCCCCAGGCCUGGAGGCCUGGUGGGGCUGAGCAUGGGGCUAGCUCUUGGGAUGUGGAGAGGACUGUGGAAGCAGAGAUCAUGAAUAGCUCAGGACAGUGAAUGGAGCAGCAGGAGGGGCUGUGGGUGGGUCACUGGCCAGGAUUGCCUUGGCCCCUCCCCCAGGGGUUGAGGGUGGGGAUCUCAGCUCUGCUGUCCCUCACCCCAGCACUAGCCUAGCUUCCCAGGCUGUUCUCAGAGGAGAGCAGACAUCCUGCCUCCUCCUUCCAAGAUAGCAAGUCUGGGACAACCUGGGGGAUAGGGUCACCCCCCUCCCAAUCUCUGACAGACUGAGGCUAAAGCAUCAUUUAAUAAAGACCCCUGAAGCCCA